AUGAUAAAGAAGGAUUGGGUGGAGUUACCUCCACACAGUCAAAGUUAUAAGGACGGUGUAAAUUACUUUUUGGAUAUUGCAUUCACCAAAGGAAUGGUUGAAGAAGAAGAGAUUUUGUGUCCUUGUUCUGUAUGUUGCAAUGAUAGUUGGGAACAAUGUAUCAAUGAAGAUGUUGAAAAGGACGAUAUAAAUGAUGAAAUUCAAGAGGACGACAUAAAUGAUAAAAUUCAAGAGGACGACCUAAAUGAUAAAAUUCAAGAGGACGACGUAGAUGACGAAUUUCAAGAGGACGACAUAGAUCUAGUUGAUGAAUUUCAAGAGGAGGAUAUAGAUGGUGAAUUUCAAGAGGACGACGUAGAUGAAGAAUUUAUGGAGGAUGACAUAUCUAUUGAAUUUCAAGAGGACGAUCUGGAUGCUUUACUCCUAGAAGACAAACUUGAAUGA